AUGUCUGCUUCUGAAACUAACCUUAAGAAUGCUGAUCAACAAACUAAGAUUAAUGCUGAUUUGGCCGAGCAACUUGGAUAUCGUCAGAUCCAAUAUUUGUGUGCCGGCGGUUUUGGAGCCGUGUCUGUUGUCCAAAAAAACGAUGACAAGAAAGCAAAGGAGAUUGUGAUGAAACGCGUCUCCACUACCAGCAACGAAUAUAAGGACGAAAUUGAAAUUCACGAGGAUCUUAACGGAGGAAUGCAUCCAAAUGUCAUUGCUCUGCUGUCCUGUGAAUACGUCGAUGACUAUGCAGCGAUUUUUAUGGAGUAUGCCAAUCAAAAUACUCUUCUGAGUCAUGUUGAUUCUAACUGGACAUUGAAGACGAUUCAUGGAUUCUUCACCCAAUUGAUUUCCGGUCUCCAUUACAUUCACGGUCGCGGGUACUGCCACCGUGAUAUCAAAUCUGAAAAUUUGUUGAUUUCGUGGGGAACUCUUAAAAUCUGUGAUUUUGGAGUGGCUUGCCGCUAUCGGAACCAACACGGCACUUUUGAUGUUGAAAGCGGAUAUGGGACAGCCCACACCUGGGCGCCCGAAAACUUUGGAGAAGACGAUGUAAACGGACCCGCUCUUGACGUUUGGUCAACAGGAGUUGUUCUCGUGGAAAUGAUCGGUGGGGAUAUUCCAUGGUCGCAAGCAAACGCAUUGGAGGACGGAGAAUUCGCAAGAUACGAGAAAAAUCCAAAAUGGACCAAUAAGGAGUUUCGCAUUAUCAAUAGAAAAGACUCAAGAAUUAUGGGCCUCGUGCGUAAGAUUCUCCAUAUUGAUGCGGCAAAACGCUCGACUAUUGCACAAAUUCAACAGAAUAAUUGGUUCAAAAACUUUGAGCGCCCGAGAAACCAGAUGGAUACUGCUGCUGGUACCUCUGCUGGAAGGAAACGAACGUACGAGGAAACUUUUCAAGCACAAGUUCUAGCUAUGCCAGAGAAGCGAGUCAAAACUUUGAAGCAGAAGUGCAAAUGUUGUCAGUAG